GUUGAAUUAAUGAUCGUCGUCAUUUGGGAGCAGGUUCUCCAACUGAGCGGUUCGGUGGAAGAUGGCUUGGUGCAAGGUGGCGUGGAUUUUGGCGUUUUUCGGAUGCCUUAGUACUUCGCUUAGCCAAGUUCAGAUUCCAUACAGCUCAAGGAGGUUCCGUACAUUUCAAGCACCUAUUCAAGCACAGGGUCUUAUCUUUGGACAGCCUGGAAUUAUUUUAGGACAACAGAAUGCACAGCCUCGGCAAAAUGUAUUUGGGCAAGUGCGUGGUGGUGAGAGUGUUGUCUUUGUGGCAGAGGACUCCAGUGAUGCAAACAGCGAUUCAUUUAACACCUUGGGUAAUGGUCCAGUACCUUCUAGCGGAAUGAGUUCCCAACCUGGCCGAACAUUCCUGGACAUAUUUGGGGACGAUGCAGGCAGACCAGGUGGAGUGUUUCCCGGCACUUCUGUCCCUUUUAACAUUCCCCGUAACCAAUUAGGUGACCUUAUUGGGGGUGGAAGAUUCACUGGCUCUCUCCUUUCUGCACCCAGGGUCUUUCGGCCUCAGUUUGUGAAUAAUUUAUCUCCUGGAUCUACUUUUCAAUUCGAGGGUGACCGUAAUCCUGCUUCUCAACCCUUGAACCCAAGUUUUGCUGGAUCAUCGAGGGUUAUUCAAGCCCGCCCUGACGUGAUGCUGACUCACACGGUAACUGUAGACAGGUUCAUCACUACAACAGACGUCGUGUUUGUGAAUGAACCCCGCACGGCUACUUUGUUCAGUUUUGUUACCCAGACUUCUGUUACAACUGUGGUGGUUCCAACCUCCGUUGCUCGUAGUCUGGUGGUUACCACAUCUUUAGUAACUCGGGUUCCUGUCACAGUCACUGUGACCAGCGUUAAGUCGGAGUUCCAGUUCGUCACUCGCACGGAGAUACAAUACGUCACGCUAACCCACACGUCCCGUGCCUUUACCCACGAAACCCUCACCACUACAGUAACCAGGGUGUAAGACGGCAGACGGUGCCUACUACACUGAUCCGUACCAGUAUCAACACCAUCACCACCACCUUCACGGCAUCCCGCGUUACCACCUCCACAGCCUUCACCGGAGGCUAUUAUUGAUUUUCGUGACUUUGUUGAAUGCAUCUUCUAGAAUGAACAAUAAACUAGAAUGAUAUAA